UUUAAGCUACGACUGAAGUCAUACUCAAGCUCCGACCCAUCGUCGUCUCAAGAAUCCUUUAUUGGACGAGGGAAACGAAUAUCUCCGGGGGAUCGGUUCGCCUUCUUCGUUUCCCAGUAAUGCCGGCGGCCUCCUUCCCGCCGGCAAUGGACCCAGCCCGCCUCCAUGCACGACUCAUCAAGGUCUCCUCCACCGACCGCGCCCUUCACAACAACCUCAUCACCCUCUACUCCCUCUCACCUUCCACCCUUCCCUCGGCCCUCCGCCUCUUCCGCUGCCUCCCCUUCACCCCCACCGCCGCCUCAUGGACCGCCAUCAUCUCCGCCCAUUCCAACGACCCCGCCGCUGCCCUACGCCUCCUCGUCUCCAUGCUCCGCCGCCCCAAGAUCCCCUCCCAGGCCACCCUUUCCGCCCUCCUCAAGACCCUCUCCUCCUCCCUCCCAUCAUUUCUCUUCUCCGGCCUGCAGAUCCACGCCCUCGCCCACAAGAUCGCCCUCCCUCGCCUCCCCUUCGCUGGCUCUGCACUCGUCCACUUCUACUGCAAAGCCCGCCGUCCGCGGGAUGCCCUCAAUGCGUUCGAAGAAAUUCCUGAUCAAGAUGAGGUUUGUUACGGUGCGUUGGUCGUUGGUCUGGCGCAGAACCAUUGUGCGGCCGAUGCCUUAAGUGUCUUUGCCACAAUGAGGUCAGACUCUGCUGUUUCGUCGACCAUGUAUAGUGUAUCCGGCGCCUUACGUGCUGCGGCUCACUUGGCUGCGCUAGAGCAGUCAAGGAUCAUACAUGCUCAUGCUGUUGUUGCUGGACUGGAGACCAAUCUGGUAGUUAGUACCACCCUGGUUGAUGCUUAUGGGAAAUCGGGUAUCGCCUCUGAUGCUAGGAAGGUGUUCGAGGGAAUGGUAACUGAUGCUAAUCUAGUCAUGUGGAAUGCAAUGCUAGGGGCAUAUGCACAACAGGGCGACUCCGAAAGGGCAACCCAGUUGUUCAAUGAGAUGCUGAGACAAGACUUCCGGCCUGAUGAAUACACCUUCCUUGCACUGCUCACUGCGUGUAGCAAUGCUGGGUUGGCUGAUGAGUCCGAGAGAUGGAUCGAAUUGAUGACCUCUCGAUAUGGGGUUGUGCCAGGACUUGAACAUUACACAUGCUUGGUUGGUGUGAUGGCUCGUGUGGGGCGUCUGGCGGAUGCAGAGCGCCUUGCCUUGACAAUGCCGUGUGAGCCUGAUGCAGCAGUCUGGCGGACGCUGCUUUCUGGUUCUGUAGUCCAUCAUGCAGUGGAUAUGGCCACGGUUGCUGGCCGGCGGCUCUUAGAACUUGACCACAGGGAUGACUCAGCCUAUGUCAUGCUGGCUAAUAUAUAUUCGUCAACAGGGAAAAAGGAUGAGACAGCCAAAGUUUGGACAGAGAUGAGGGAUCAUGGAGUAAAGAAGGAAGGUGGCAGGAGUUGGAUUGAAGUGAGGGGUGAGGUGCAUGUGUUCAUCGCAGGGGAUAGGAAGCAUGAAAGGAUGGCAGAGAUACAUGCCAAGCUGAUGGAAUUGAUGGAGGAAGUCGGCAAACUGGGUUACAAAGAGACGGAUGAGGACCUUUGGUACCACAGUGAGAGACUAGCAGUGGCAUUUGGAGUAGUGAGUGGAUCAGUGCCAAAGGGAAAGUCACUGAGAGUGGUAAAGAAUUUGAGGAUAUGUGGUGACUGCCAUGAAUUUUUCAAGUAUGUGAGUAGGGUGAUUGGUAGGGAGAUUGUGGUGAGAGAUGUCAACAGAUACCAUAUGUUUCAGGAAGGAUGUUGCACGUGCAAGGACUAUUGGUGAGUUUGAACUUGGUGGCCUCACUAAAAGAGUGUAGAUGAUGGUGGUGAUUAACACCACAGCAUCACCACCACUAUAAGCUUAGUGCUCUCUGUUGUUGAGGUGGAAGUUCUUUAGGAACACAGUGGAACAAGCAAAGGAAUCAUACAUAUUCAUCAUACUACUAGUUAUUUGUUGACUCCAUAGAAGAGUCUGUCGCUCAAAAUAAGCUCCAUUGAUAUUUCUGUACGUGAUUUUGAAUGCCUUGGACAAGAUGACUCUAAUGAUAAUUCUCUGAGACACUGGAAUGGGGAUAGUUUUUAGAGACGGAAGGUAGCGUAAUAGCCUCAAAAUAUAUGCUAAGACUCUGAGACAGUGACUAUGAGAGCAUCCACCAAACUUGCUACAAACGCAAUUCCGAGACUCACUCAGGAGCCAGACUGUUUUCAACUGGUUGACAGCAUCAAUUCCUCGAGACCUUUGCAUUCUUAUUUGGGUGUUCUAAGUGCAGGCAUCUCCAGCAUAUAAUUCUUCAUGCCGAAGUUGAGGCUGUCAAGGAAGGACCUUAAUGUACCUGCCUGGUAUGAUGAUAGCCAAGGGAAUCUUGAGGGUCCUUCUCGUUUUGCCUUAUGUGUAGAUGCUUUUAGAAUUUUUCUCGGAAAAGAAAAAGGAAUUAUUUGGAAUGAGAUGCUGUACUUCAGAAUAUUGCUUUUAUUUUAUUUAACUUAUCGA